AUGUCUGGUAAGACCAAGGAAGAAUCGUUUCAUUCUUUGGUGGAAGAACAGAGCAAUCAAGUGACUGACAGCACUCUGUCGAUCAAACAAGCACUCCAGCAACUCCUUGAGCUCGUGCCCAAAAGUCCGACGACGUUCGACUCGGCACGCAAUCAUCUUUUGCUGGUCGUAGAUUCUUACAAAGAUCAGAGGGGUCAUGUCCGUGUUCCUUCAGAUUACAAGAAUGACCCUAUGACCCCAAGCUGCGUCUUCAGCCCAGGUAUCUACACCCUUCCUAGUCCUGAUGGAGUGGAAGAAGAAGCUGCCUCGAAUUUGAUUCUGUUCGGGCUCAAAGAAUGGCACAAUUCUCUUGUCGUAAACGACCGGGAAAUCGCUCUCGUGGGCGGAACUUUCAUAAUCAAGGGUGCAUCAUCUCUAGCACAAUUUGAAUCACUCGUGAAAGUUCUUCGUCUGGCAAUCUAUACGCAUCUUUCUCUUUUGCUUGAACAACACUUCCUCUCUGACUGCCACGUCAAAUUACGCUUUCCCCAACCCUCGCACCUGAUUAAACCUUCUCCGCCGAUAGCACCUCCACUCCAAAGUAGCGUGUCAUUUGAUUCAAAGCGCAAGCCGCGCGAUUCCCUCAUACCCUUGCCGCUUUGGAAUUUCUUUUCCAAGAAAGGCUCCGAUCUCCUUCAUCUAGCCACCGCUACUGGGUCUCCGUCCGUGCCACGAGGCAGUUCACUUGAUCUCCCACGGCAGCCCGUCUCACCAUCGUCUCCUAGAUCGUCUGAAGAAUCACCAUACCGGCGUAUCCGUCGAUUUUCGAUUUUCGGCGAGACCCGUCCUCCCCCAGUGCCUGCCAAAGAACGAAGUCCGCUCUCAAAUCAUCCAUUCCAAUCUGCUUUGCAACGCAUUGAGGAGAGCAAGGCACUCUUGUCCACGUCUACUGGCGUGGUCUUUUCUCCUCCGGUGUUACUUGUUGGCCUGGCAGAGAAGGAGAAGCGGCUUCCGACAUUUGGACUCACAGGAGAAGAGCGUACGGCUUUGUCGAGCAUCUUGGGCUGGAAUUGCAAGGAGGUGUGCGGAAAUGGCAUGUCGGGAACCGCCGGGUUCGUUCUUCAGCAAAGCCUCUCCGUGCUAUAUUCUCAGCAUGUCCCUGUGCCUCGUGAGGCCCUUCCGGCCUCAUCCGAGAAAUUGUCAAAUUCUUUGAAGGCGAGCGAUCUCCUGACUCUCACGCCUUGCGGUCCUCGCGCGCGAUGGCAGACGAUUGGAUUUUAUUCGGAAGGUCAAUGUUCGCUCGGGGAGAUGGUAGGCGACGCAUGUAUGCGCGCAGAAGAGAUGUGUGAUCGUCCUGGCUGCGAGUAUGUGCGCGGACACCACAGGCUGCAAUGGAUACACAACGGAGUACGGAUCGUCGCGAAGACAAACCCCAUCCAAAGUAUCGUCAAGGACACGAUUGAGAUGUGGCAAAGUUGUAAUGUGUGUUAUGAGACGACACCGCGAUGUAAGAUGCAAGAUGGAACUUAUUUAUUUUCGUUUGCCAAAUUUCUCGAACUUUUAGUGUAUUCGCCAGCUAUCUGUACUUUGACACCUUCGCUUUGUUCGCAUACCACACCCCCUCCUCAGCCAUGGACCGGUUCGGAUUCUCCUCUGCCGCAAUCCCGUUUGAAUAUCGUCCGUCACUUCGCCUUCCAGUCGCACGCCGUAUCCUUCACGGUUUCUACCAUCAACGAUGUGUUUGAGUUAUGUGUUCCCAGACUACAGAUUACACCAGGCGCGGCCGUCGAAACACCCAAAGACACCGAUGGAGUUGUCAUCGGAGACGAGAAGGAGUACGACGGUGGAGAAGAGAAACGCGUACUUCGCAGGGAAAUCAAAACCUGGUGGCAACGGGUUGCGGACCAUCUGGACGAACUAGAAGUGCAGCUGUCAGGCGAUGAUGCCUCAUCCUACCACAAGUCGCUACCUCGCUUGCCAUCUGCGGACGAGGCGUACGAGUCAACCUCUCCGGCUGCGACCCCGAAAGCAGGUCUCAUCUCUUUGGAACCUACUGCAUCUCCCAAUCUCUCCCCUCAUCUGAGAGAAGAGUCCCAUUCAACCAUAUCAACAAUCCGGCCCUCCCCAUCAGCACGCACCGAUUCAGCCAACUCUGAUUUUGAAGGAUCUAUCAAGACAGUUGAUAUGGUCGAUUCAGUGUCCCUACUAGACAGCAUGCGCCAAACUUUUCAGCGAACGGAACAGGCAUUGUAUUCACAGCUACUACAGACCCCCGUAUCAACCCUCAACGAUGUGCGUCGGUCGUUCUAUUCUGCUGCGGUUGGAGCAAGCAAACGGCUGUCUGCCUGGGAGACCAAACAUCUUCCGAAGGAAUCUAGAGUAACGUUUGCAAACAAGAGACAAGCCAUCCAGGAGCCACAGUGGUGGCAUCACGGCUUCCAUGCCAUCCCCGGCGGCAAGGUUGUUGUGCAAGAAGAAGACUGGGGAAGUAUCAUCGCCUUCACCCUCAGCUCGUUAGACUAUCAGCGCGAACUCACAAGCAUGAAACAUCCUGAUACUUCCAAGGCGUCCGCUCCUCCACCGACACCUUCAAUCCAAUCGAGUGCGGUUUCAACCCCUUCUAUAGCCACCAGCAGCACCUCUUCGUUCAAGUUCUUCUCGUCUGCUCCCAAACCUGAUCCAGACAAAGAGGACAUCGUCUGGCAUGAACCCGAAACGCAUUCUGCAGUCAUCAGUCGGAAGGAACAUCCUCGUGAUCCGACUUUGCUGCUUUCUUUGCGCGAUGUCCUGCGGAACAAGGCUUCGGUAGAUGGACCGUCGGGGCUCACGCCAUCUACCUUCAUGAACCUUGGCUCGACCGCCUCACGGAUGGCUACCGGCGUCGCGCCUCCAUCUGCAUGGGCGAAUCCAGCAGUCGAGCUCAGCCAACAGGCGGCUGAGGGGUACGUGUCCAGUAUGCCAGACGCGGGCGAAACAGCUGGGAGAAUACUGAGCGAUUUGGAUGCGGCGUCACUUGCCUCUAAGGAUGGUAGUGAAUUUGGCAACUCCGGGUUCUUGGAGACUCAUAUUCGAAGGGGAAAAACGUCUUCUAUCUUAUCCGUGGAUAACGCCAAUGGCCUUGGUCCGGAAUCAGGCACCGACCUGGUUCUUUUCCCUCCUCCUCCCCUUCCUCCUAAAGACACCGAUGCGUCGAGCACACACCCGGAUGGCGGACCAACCGCGUGGAGCAAUGAACAGUACCCUCAGUUGGUACCUGGGAGCAUCCUAUCAUGGACAAGCAGCCUCUCCAACGCUAUGCGAUACAUGCUGAAAUCGCCGGAGCCCUCUCGCCCUACAUCCCCUGCUUUCCAAAACCAGCGCGGGUCCACGUCCGCCGACCCUCUAUACAUCGACGAGCGGCCGCACAUCAAGUACGAUUGGACGAUUGGCAAGCGGCUCAAGUUUAGCUGCACCGCAUAUUACGCGAAGCAGUUCGACGCCUUGCGGAGUCGCUGUGGGAUCGGUGAUGUCUUUUUGAAGAGCAUGGCCAAGUGCGAGAACUGGCGGGCCGAGGGCGGGAAGAGCCGGUCGAACUUUUGGAAGACGUCAGAUGACCGGUUCAUCGUGAAGACUUUGGUCAACGCGUGGAAUGUCGCGGACCUGCAGGUUUUGAUUGACCUCGCGCCAUCGUAUUUUCGUCAUAUGGAGUCUACGGCCAGCAAGGCCUCGCUCCUUGCUAAGCUUCUGGGUUUCUAUACCGUGGAGAUUCGAAAUUUAGAAAACGGAACCAUACAGGCGAAGGCAGACCUCUUGGUCAUGGAGAACCUGUUUUGUGAUCAAAAGAUCGCCAAGACGUUCGACCUGAAAGGCAUUCAAGGCCGAAAGGUCAAAGCGAGCUCCGGCGGGUCCAAGAAGACGCUCUUCGAUGGGGAGUGGAUAGAAGGCCAAUCGCGAGCGUUGACCCUCGUUCGUCCACAUUCGAAGGCUAUCCUUCAAGAAGGGAUCAGAUCGGAUUGCGAAUUCCUCGCUAGAAGCAAUAUCAUGGACUACUCCUUGCUCUUAGGUAUAAACGAAGAGAAGGGCCAAAUAUUCUGUGGGCUGGUAGACACCAUCGGCAGCUACACGUUCGCCAAGACGCUAGAAUACAAGGCCAAGCAAGGCUUCAACUCGGGAAGGGAGACGACCGUCAUACCGCCGCACGAAUAUCAGAAGCGAUUCGUGCGCGCGAUGGACGAUUAUUUCAUUGCAUGCCCAGAUAAAUGGACUAAACCCCCGGACAUAAAAGAUCUGCCCAGCGACUACACACAGCUUCCCAGCGUUCUCUAG